AUGGCUUCCGAAAACACAGACUCGCGAGGCGACCUCUAUGACUCCGCCAUGACCGUUCCCUCCGACUCGGAAAACUACUCGGCCAACAAUGAGAUGUCCUCCUCUACCUCCAGCUCCCCUAUGAUCCUUUACAAGCCCCCGACUGUUUGGGGUAUCCUCCGUGGUGCCGCAAUCAACCUUUUCCUUCCAUUCGUCAACGGUCUCAUGCUUGGGUUCGGCGAACUCUUUGCCCAUGAGGCCGCCUUCCGUCUAGGCUGGUCAAACACAAAGAUCUUCCCAAUGUACCGUCGAUCCCAUCCCGUGGGGCCUGGAAUCGAGAUUCGAGAAGACCGCAGGCGGACCACUGCUGGUGGCUUGAGGGAUACCACUUCUCUUGAGUGA